UCUACCCUAUUUCCUACGAUCAUGGCGGUGGCAGCGUCUCGGAACACCCUCCACCGAUAUUCGGCCGAAAUUCUCAAACCUACACUCACUCAAACUCUCUCACUCCGAUUUAACUCAACAUCAACCCACUCAACUCAUCAAGACCAUACGUAUACAGACCCCAACUCCUUCAUUGGAAGCUGGAAGGCUCCUGCCGAUCCCAAGGUUGCGCAGGCCAAGCUGGCGGGACUCCGCCGCGACUACGCCAAGAAGGUCAAGGAGCUUCGGUUGCAGUACAUCCACGAGGUGGAGUUGCAGAGGGAGGACAAGCGCCGUAAGGACGAGGCCAAGCGCGAAGCAGCUCGCCGUGCCCAAGCCGAGAUCAAGGCCUCCAAAGCCGCCGCCGCCCAGGCCAGAGCCGCCGAGCGCAAGGUUUUCGAGGAGGAGUUCCGCCAAACCCUGUUGAAAGAGAGAACAGAGAAGCUUGAAAAUUGGAGAAUGAAAGAAAAUAUGAUGGAUGAGAAGAGAAAGGAAAAGAAUGAGCUUUUGCGGCGGCAAAGUUCCAUUUGGAUUGAUGAACGUGAUCUAGAGAAGAAGAUACUGGAAGCCAUUGUUGAUACAACUCACCUCUAAGCCCACUCCAUCCAAAGUUCAGGAACUGCUUUGGAAUAUGUUCUUGAUGCUGGAGAGCCUGGAUGUUUAGUUGAAUAAAAACACUUCAAAAACUUUAGUUCACAGCUCAAAAUUUUCUGGAACUGGCAAAUUUUCAAAAUCAAGUUUAAUUUUUUAGUUAUUUGUUUGUGGUU